UUUAUACUAGCGGCCGGCUACAGCUUCGUCCGUGGUCAUAGAAUAGAUUUAUUUUCAAAAUUGGAUGGUGUGGCGACAUCUCUACGCCACUCGUCACAACAUCCAAUCAAACAACUACUGUCAAUCAUCGCGAAGAAAUUGACGCGCUCAACCAAUAGCAGCGAAGAAACUAAAUCGCUAUUUCAGAGAUUUCACGGAUUGCAGCUAUAUAUACAAACUCCGACACAACAUCGUCUGUCGCGCGGUUCCCCAGGCAUAACACCUAGCCUGGCGGAAGAUCUUCCCUUUGGUGGCGGUCGAGCCGAAUCAUCGCUCCCACUACAAAGGUAUCACUUAUUGACGCCACAUGUGUAGAAGAAGCGGCGGAACAAACUACACUGCAGCAGUCAUACAUAGACUGGAGAUACUUUUUUAACGGGAAGAGAAAUUCCCAUAAUUGGUUCAUCCGAAGAUUAGCUCUUUACAAACAAACAAUCAAUCAGUGUUACAAACUUUAGUUUAACUCAUUAUUUGAACUACCUACUGCAUGAGACUGCCCAAAAUAUACUAUCCGUUUUUCGAAUUCGAACGUACUGUUUUGAAUAAGCGUGUUGUUAAAGUUUUCAUGCAUUUGUUAGGGAUAUUUGUUUCAAAGUAUGGUUGGUAUUAUCAAAAGUAUAAUAAUAUAUGUUAAAAGGUUACGACUAGCAUUUGCUUCACUCCCGUGGAAAUUUCCUGAAAAAAGUAGCCAAUGUCAUUCCUAAAGGUCUGUUAUAUCUGUGUUACAAAUUUCAUCAUAAUCGAUUGAGUAGUUUUUUAAGUUACAAAAAUACAAAUCUUGUCACAAAAUUGGUGUGAGUAUGGAUUACAAGCACAUUUGUCAAAAAUACAUUAAAGAGUACGAAUACCACGUUAACGAUUGUUACUUUUGAUCUAAGAGGCCGUGGCCUGUCAGCAGUGAAGGACGACCGCCGCGGCAGGCGGCCGCCAUGUGUGGAGUCUGCUGCGUCCAGCUCAAAGGCUGGUGCAAGGCCUUCACCAAGACAGAGAUCUUUCUCUGCAUUUUGGAAGCUUUACUUCUUAUCCUCUUUAUAGCUUCUCUAACUAUCUUAGUACUACAUUUUCUCGCGUGUAAUAAAAAAGAAAUUGACGAGUCUACGUAUCCUGGUAAUGAUAAAGGAUAUCAGCCAGAAGACAGCGGAAUGCCAGCAGUCCACUCCACCGUGGCGCCGGACGUGAAGUGCACUUGGAAACCCAAACAGCAAACGAAAGCCCCCACUCAUUAUUACGAACAAUCCAGUGUAGCAACAACUACUUCAGUUACAAAUGCUGGUGGUGUCUCCAGAAACGUGCAUUUAGCUGGAAAGCCAACGAGUUCUCCGCCAGCAAACCGCUCGUUCAUCGAUGAGGUGCUGUCAUAUCUAUCUGACGGGGAAGAGGCGGAGUCUUACAAACGAUACGUCUUGUCUCUGGUCAAGAUCCGUCCACCGCAGGACGUGACAUUUGGGUGUAUAUUAACGAUCGUGGCUGAUUACUGGGUGGUGACUGCCGCUAGUUGCAUAGAAGCGAUCGAGGAGGUGGACUCCCUGGAUUCUUUCGUGAUGAUGGAGGGGUACGGUGAGGGCGAGGCGGGCGGCACCCACGCCGUGGCGGACGUGCUGAUGCACCCCUGGUACCAGGGCAGCAACCACAGCUACGACGUCGUGGCGCUCAAGAGCGAGCGCCGGCUGGUCGGGCCAUCCAGAAGUGCUGUGGAGUUUGCAUCCCUGAUAGAUUAUUACCUCUUGCCGAUUGGGGAGAAGCUCACGAUUCUAGGAUACGGUAGAUACAGGUACACCCCUUUUAGAUACACGGAUCAGGGACCCUCGGGCCGCGGCCUCCUGCACGUGUCCUCGUUCCUGCUGCCGGCGCGGCAGUGCGCGGCCGGCGAGCGCUGGGCCCCGCGGCACCUGUCGCGGCCGCACGCCGCGCCGCCCGCCGCCUGCCGCCCGCGGCCGCUGUGCGCGGGCGCGCUGGCGGCGCGCGGCGCGGCCUGCAACUACUGCGCGGGCACGCCGCUGCUGCUGCGCGCGCGCCUGCUCGGCCUCAUGAGCGACAACCCGCAGUGCGGCGUCGCCUGCGAGCCGGUCUUGUUCGUCAACGUGGCGCUGGUGCGGCCGUGGCUGGACGCGCUGGUGGAGAAUGACGACGAUCUCGUGGUCUGAUGUGAUGUUACUAGAAGAUAGACUGUUGACGUUGUCAAGGCAUGGACACUUAUACAAAUAUGGAAAAACAUUACUUAUGAGCUUCAGAUGGAAUGACCUUGAAAUUUUACCCUCCCAUCUACAAAAGGAAUUCAUUUGAAAGAUGGGGAAAGCAAAAGAAAAUUGGAGCUAUACCGACCUCUGCCCAGCUAGAACAAACUUUGACGUACGCCAAGUGUAAACUGUCAGUAUUGUCAAACCGAGCAAACAGAAAUAAAACAGUGGAAUAAUAUGUUCAAGUUGUGAUGUGAUGGCAAACUUCGGUCUGCUACUGUGUUCUGUGCUGAUGGCAGUGAUGAUGGUGUCUUCGUUCGGAGCGGCCAUCACGCUGUUCUUGGCGGCCAAGAAGGGAGAACUGGAUGAGGAGUCCACGACAGCUUCCCAGGUUGGGAAUCCAGCGGCGCCUCCUCCCACGAAAUAAACCUUACCGUUUGAUGCUGUUGUGUGCUGUACAUUUAUAAGAAGAAGCAUCGGGAUAAUUUGGAAACUGAUUCAGGUCAACACGUGAAAACAAAUUUUGUUCGUCUCAGCUGCGUCGCGUCACGUACUGCACGGUUUCUGAGAUAUAUAGUGAGAUAGAUAUAUACUCGCCAAAGCUAAUUUGAUGCUAAUACUAGCUUUGCCUCUUGUGCUGUUGGUGAACGCUGGGCUUAUCAGCGGAAAACAUUAUAUUAUAAUAACUGUAUGCAUUAUAUCCGUAACAUACAUAAAAUCACGCCUGUCCCGAAGGGGUAGGCAGAGGCUACGUCUUUCCAAUAAAAUAUAAUGAUAAUGUGUUACAUAAGUGGAUUGGAGUGUUGGAACUUGGUUGUAUUUUUUUUUCCUUGUGUAAAU